CUGCCCACUUCUCCCUCAGUACUAGUCUGACUUCAGUUAGGAGAACACUGCACUGUUGGAUUACACCCACCCCUCAAAGAAGGAGUAACAGUUUGCCUUUAGAGCAGCGCAAAGCCCAACAGACUACAGCAACAUGGGGAGCAGCAUGUCAUGUGUCCCCCAGCACAACUUCAGAUUCUCCAGCAAGAGCUUCAUUCGCAGAAACAGCAGUCGGCUGUUUCGCAAAAACAAUCCCCAAGAGGGACAGGAGAAGUCCAACAGCAUCAUCAAUAUCCUGUGCACUGUCACCCCUCGAAAGGAAAUGUCCCAUAAAGAUCUGCAGGCGAUAGAAAACAUAAAAUGGGACCCUCCAUUUCCCUAUGACCCAGCUAGCGGAUGGAAGAAGAGCAGCAUAAAUGUGAAGAACUACGGACGCAUGAUUCACAGCUCCAAAGUCCGUUUCCGCUUCCUCCACUGCCAGGAUGUACAUGAUUGCUACCUGGAUCUCUUCCAGACCCACCUUCAUUUUGUCUCCAACAACACAACAGGAUUGACGUACCAGGGAACUCUGCCUUUGAAGGAAAUCACCAUCUGCAACCUGCAACAGAACUGCAACCACAGCCAACCCCAGGAGUUCGCUUUUCAAAUAAACGGUGUCAGCCUUAACCCCAUCAUCGUGUACUGUGCCAACCAAGAAGAAAUGGAUCUAUGGUUUGGCCUUCUCAAGGAGAACAUUGAGGCCAAUGGAGGCACUCCCAUUGCACCUGAAAACUACACCAGGGUUAAAAAAGAAGCUCCUGAGGGAAGAGAGGAGCUGAGGAACUCUGUCAACAGAGAGCACAUCUACGAGUGGGAGGGCUCACAGCGGGACAGCCUGGGCACCAUCACCUAUGUCACCAAAGUCCGACUGCAGCACCUGCCUUGUCAGGAACAAAGUGAUAGGCUCCUGGUAAUGUACCCAUCAACACUGAUCAUCCUAUCAGAAGAGAACGAUGGACUCUUCUAUAAGGGAAAACUUCCUCUCAACAUGAUUACUGUGACCACGCCCUGCCAAGAUGUCAAGCCCAACACCUUUAUGAUUGAAGGAAAGCUGAUCAACCCCAUAGUGGUGUCGUGUCUGGAUAUGCCCGAGUUUUGCGACUGGAUCCAGCAUUUCAAAGCAGCUGACGUGCCCGUUCUCAGCCCACCGCCCCCCGUGUAUGACAUCAUCUACACCCCGACGCACAGAGAGGCUCCACAGUUUGAUAGGUGGAGUGGAAACAGCCAAGGAAGAGGCGGGUCCUUUAAGUUCAGCCAGUCAACAAGCGGAUAUGGGUCCCACAACAUUCAGACACCAAUUCAUGAAGACAACCCUCUUUCCCCAGGAUACACUGAACCCCUCUGUUACAGCUCCAGUCGUCCCUCCUCAACUGAGACUGCCCGCUUUGGCAGCAGGACCAACAGCGUGUCUUCCCACACCAGGCCUGAGCGUGACCUCCGGCCUAUGUCACUGCGCUACUCCUCCCCCCAGCGCAGCUCCUACCUCCAGCCUGGUGAGAGCUCGCCUUCUCAGGUCUACAGCACACCCUACUCUGCGCUGCAUGCCAGCCCACAGAGGCUGGAAAAAACCCCACUUGUCAAGUCUAACAGCUGGAGCACCCCUCAGACAUCCCUAAACUACUCCUUGAACGCACACCAGCGCCACUCAGACAUGUGUGCUCCCCGACAACCCUUGUCACCCCUAUACGAUGAGCCCUGCAGCCCUGAAAUCUACUCCCUGGAUGAAGCCAGGCCAGUGCAGCAGAGCUGGCAAGAGCCCAUACAGCAUCAUCCCCACCUCGGCCCGCAGCUCAUGUCCUCCCCCUUCCAGCUAAGCACACCUCCCAUGGGCAGACGGUGCAGGAGAAGUCUAGUCCUGAUCAACUCCCAGAGUGAGGCUCUGGGUCUGGACACAGAGACUCCUCAAAGACAAGCGGAGCAGAGAGCCGAGGCAGUGUCAAGGCUAAAACUGCUGCCUGUGCCCGGCCAAGUACUAGAGCAGAUUGUCGUCCCGUCAAGCUCUGUGAGAAACAACUGUCAGAAACCCUACGGUUACUCACCAGAUCACCACUCGUACCUUGAACCCACAGAACCAGAUGACCAGGAAAUGGACUAUGACAACAUUUGGGAGUACGACCAUGAUACUGGAAUGAUCCAGCCAACGUCUGGAAUUUCGACACAGUGGACGGGAUUAGACUUUGGGGCCAUGGGCCUUGGUGCCAUGACAACCCAGCAGAGAUGGUCAUAAAGCAAAACAAAAGGCCGGCACUCGUCUGGACGUGUGCAAACAACUGAUCCCUAUCAGAUGGGUAAUAAAAGCCCUCUCACACAGUCUGUGUUUCUCCUGCUGCGUACAGUAUGGACAACAAAUCCCAUGAACUGCACUGUUACAUGUUUUGAGGUCAAGCAAACGAAUGAAGGUGUUGGUGACUCUGACUGUCUUAAAAGUAGCAUUCAAGAGAAAAGACAGAAGAGUGAACAUACUGUGGAUAAUGUUAUUUUUUAAAUUGUAUUAUAUAAUUGCACUAAAGGUUUCAUACUUAGUGCAAAAACCUCAAUUAAGUAUUUUCUAACUUGAUAUCCUGUUAACUUGUUAAAUAUUGUAUUCUGUUUAUAUGAGUUACAGUUAUAAAAAGCAUUCCUUCAGGAUUUGUAUAUUUCUGUACAUAUUGUAAAUUUAUCUUUUUUUCAAUGCAACAUUAUCAGGCAAAUGGAUGUGGCUUAAAACUGACUGCCUUAUAAAGUGCUAAUAUUAAUAUAUAUAUAUAUAUAUAUAUAUAUAUAUAUAUAUCACAGUG